AAGAUCAAGUUAGCAACCUGUUUCCCUAGUUUUCAGUCUGCUCUACACACAGUACUCCAACACAGACCCGGAGAAUGGGGUUGAUGAAUCUAAACCUUAGAAGAUGUUUAAAACAUUUAAGUGAUAAUGUUAAACAUAAAGGUCGGUUUCUCGGCUCAGUAUCAUCCCAGAAAUAUCAGGUUGAACUUGACCGUUCUCUCCAGGUCCCUGAGGAGUACUGGGGACGGAUAUCUGAGAAUAUAAUCUGGGAAAAGAAAUGGGACAAGGUUAUGGAUAAUUCGAACCCGCCGUUCGUUAAAUGGUUUCCCGGCGGUGAAUUAUCUCUGUGUUACAAUGCAGUUGACCGCCAUGUGGACGAGGGUUUCGGCGAUGAAACAGCGAUUAUUUGGGAUUCGGCGAUAACUGACAGGAAGGACAAGAUAUCCUAUAACAGACUGAAGGACGAAGUGUCCCGUGUAGCAGGACUACUCUCAAGGUUGGGAGUGGGACGAGGGGAUAGGGUUCUCAUCUAUAUGCCGAUGGUCCCCGAGGCUAUGGUGGCCAUGUUGGCAACUAUUCGUCUAGGGGCCGUUCAUUCCGUCGUCUUUGGUGGGUUUGCAGCGAAGGAGCUUUCUACAAGGAUUAAACACGCAGAACCUAAAGUGAUAAUAUCCGCUAGCUGUGGUAUUGAACCAAACAGAAUAGUUAAAUAUAAACCUAAUGUGGACGAAGCAAUUCGUCUCUCCGGACUGGAGAUUAAGAACCUGGUUUUCCAGAGGGAUGAAUGUAUCGCAGAUAUCGGGAAGAAUGAUAUUGUCUGGCAGGAUGUAGUUCCUGGAGUACCUGGAGUAGAUUGUGUUCCUGUAGGCUCUAUGGAUCCUCUGUAUAUUCUUUACACAAGUGGUACAACUGGAGAACCUAAAGGUGUUCAGCAUCCUACUGGAGGGCAUGCUGUGGUUAACAAGUGGACUAUGGAGACUAUAUACGGGAUGCAGCCUGGAGACACCUGGUUCGCGGCUUCAGAUCUUGGAUGGAUAGUUGGUCACGAAUAUACUUGUUAUUCUCCUCUUCUCAACAGAACUAAAACCAUCCUAUACGAAGGAAAACCUGUAGCAACCCCAGACCCUGGACAGUUCUUCAGGGUUAUACAGGAGUACCAGGUGAACGGUAUGUUUACAGCUCCGACUGCUAUUCGUGCAAUAAAGAAGGAAGACCAGAACGGAGAAUACGCUCAGAAGUAUGAUCUCAGUUCUCUCCGGUAUCUAUUCGUAGCUGGAGAACAUUGUGAUUAUGAUACAAGACUUUGGGCGGAGAAAAUAUUUCAGGUUCCCGUCCUGGAUAAUUGGUGGCAGACAGAGACAGGUCACGCAAUGACCUCUACCUGUAUCGGGUUGGGAAACUCCUUGAACCCUCCGAAGGAUGUGAGCGGGAUGCCAGUUCCAGGUUGGGAUAUGAGAAUACUCAAGGAAGAUGGAACCGAGGCGGAAGCUAAUGAGCUAGGACGUAUAGUUGCUAAGCUUCCAAUGCCGCCUGGAUGCAUGUCAACCCUGUUUCGAGCAGAUCAGCGGUUCCACGAUACAUACUUCAAAACAUUCCCGGGAUAUUAUGAUACUAUGGAUGCAGGGAUGAAGGAUGAGAACGGAUAUAUCAAGGUUAUGGCCAGGGAUGAUGACGUCAUAAACGUAGCAGGACACAGGCUAUCCACCUCAGCUUUAGAGGAGGUUAUCCUAGCACACCCUGGAGUAGGAGACGCAGCUGUAGUUGGAGUCAAGGAUACUCUCAAAGGUCAACUUCCCAUUGGUCUGAUAGUUCCUAGGCUAGAGUAUACAGGAAACCUGAGAGAAGAACUUGUGGUCAAGGUUCGGAAUGAUCUGGGCGCAGUUGCCGCGUUUAGAAUUGUAAUCAUGGUAAAGGGUUUGCCUAGAACCAGAUCAGGAAAGACUGCUAGGAAAACACUGUCAGAUCUAGCGGACGGGAAGAAGGUGAAGAUCCCUCCAACGAUAGAGGAUCCAAGUGUUUAUGGAGAUAUAAAGCUGGCUCUCCAGGAGCACGGAUAUGCACUGAAUGCUCCUGAUCCAGAGUAGAAUCAUAUAUGGAGUAGAAUAAUCGUAAAAAAGGAACUGAGGUCUUGCCACACACUCUGAUUUUCUAAUCCCUAUGCCUUCGCAACCCAAUUAAGCAGACCUUAGAUAUGUGUUUUGAAUUUUGUUGAUCAAAUAAUUUAAGCUUUUAAUAUCAGAGGUUUGCUCCAUCAGGUUACAAAGAUAUAGGGAUCAUAAACUUUGAGUUUUUGGUCAAGACUCAAUUCAAUUAAAGUGUGGAUAUAAAAGGGAAUUGUUGGACAUAUUUGUUGUAAUAUGAUUUUUAUACAAGAAAAGAUAGAAUUCUUUGUUGUCAACAAAAAUAAAAUUUGAUAUGAGUG